UGGCCGAUAUCGCCGUUUGGGAAAAUCGAUGACUCCCUCGCGCGUGUCUUCCACUAACAUGUUCCUGCCUUCGCUUUUCGACAGCCUUGCAAGUUCCCAGGAGAUCAUCCUGCCUGCAGUUCGAGGCUGCCCCAGAGAUAUUAGACCAGCCACCUAUCCAAAAUGUCGGGGGCCCAUAUCGAGCGCUUCGUGGACCCUGUCGACGGCAAGGACACGGUCAAAACCAAUACACACUGGUACUUGGAGCUCAACCCUGUGUAUAUUGACCUUGUGGGUGAUUUUGCUGGUACCGAACUGUUUGUUGUCGACGGCGAGGCUCUCCUGGCUUUGGUUUACGAGGACCUUGCUGGUGUAGAUUGUCCCGCUUUUCUGCAUGCUCUUUAUUGUGCUGAAGAGCGCUUGAAAGCGCUGAUAGACGUGAAAGCCAAUUUUGAGCUGGCUUUCUUCGAUGACCGGAGAAAUCUCAGUGCGAACGCCCCUGAAGGAGCAUAUAGCAAAGAAGCCCACUGGCGCCGUCUCUUCCGAUCAGCAUUGGUUGCUCAUCUUCGAAACAAUACGGGUCUACGAGUGAACCUGUUCGCAAGUGUAUGCACCGAGGAUUGGGUAUCUUAUGUCGCGGAAAAGAAGCCGUACUUUAUCUUCACCAACGACGGAGGCUCCGCAGAGGAUGAAAGCACGGAUCAAGUCUCUAUAAGGGAACGGAAACUUGGCAAAAGUGGCCAAACCCUCUGGUUAGAGUCAAUGUACCUUUUCCUGCAACAAGGGCUGUCCGUUGCGCUACUGGCUCGAGAUUCGUUCCAGGGAAACAGGGUCGUUGCAUUUGUGUUUCACACCCAUGCGAGAUUCACCGAUGGCGACCCUUCCGCGCAUCAUCAGCAGUAUAUGUCCAGCGCGGCUUUCCUGAAUGACAAUUCGAUAAAGAGUAUCACAGAUGCUUGUGAUGCCGCCAUUCACCUGGAAGGGUCUCUCCUAGUCGCCACCCUAUCCAAGAUCAUUACUCCGGAUCCGCUCUCUGUCGAUAUGGCCAAGCUUUUUCUUCUGCAUUCCGUCAUAUUGCCACAAAUCCCAUUGGAAUAUCGAGCACUCCAGGACAUAAGGCUCCCGCUUGAUAGCAAAGCGCUCUCCUCGUAUGAGGACUUUGUCCGCUCCUUCUACGCGACCGCGGAGCAAACAACAUUGAAAUUUGGGCAUGACACCGAACCACUCCUAAAUACCGUUGACGAACGAUUCUUCAGAUGCCUGGUUUUCGAAGUCGGACGGCAUCUGAACACCAAUCCCGGCUCAUCGUUGCGUGCGGUGUUGGGGGAUUUAGCAGUCGAGAACGCGAAUCGCAUCAAAACGGCCUGGGAAGCUAUUUUCCCGGGCACUGAGAUUUGGAGCCUCAGCAGCGAAUUCCACGACUCUAUCGACGCGCGUGCAUUUUCCGUUCCGCAGAAAGAUGGGCUAUCGUCCCCACCAACCGAUGAUGAUUACUCGCUUCUACCUUACGACCAACCGUUCCUGAAGUCGUAUCUCCCUACCCUCCCAACUGAAAGCGAAGCCGCCUCCCCUCAACCAAACUUCGAAGACGUUCACAUCCGUCACCACGAAACCACACACUGGCACGUCAAUAAACCUGUAGCAACCACCCACGGGCCCAACCCGGUUCAUUCAGCCCAGAAAGCCGCUGUUCGCGCGCGGAAGGCUGAUCAACGGCAUGCAAAGUUCAUUCAGGACUAUGCGAGUUCGUUGACAGGGGCUACUGGGGGAGUCAUUAAACGGAAGACUAUUGUGUGUAGUGCGUCGGCCCAUGGCAAUAAGAGCGCUACGCCGAGGAAGGCGCUAGAGAGUACGCAUACGAGUAGUCCCAAAACAGCGAAAGCGGGCGGAAAGAAAGGCACUCCCCUCAGCAAGAAAGACGCAAUUAUCGCUGCCAACAACGAGCGCAAAUUGAUCGCGGAACGUGAGCCUGCUCUCAACAAAUGGAAACAAUUGCAACGGAACUCGCAGAAACACGACGAUGUCGAGGCUGCUAUCGCCGAAUUGGACCGAUCGCUGCAGAGUGAUGCUCGGGCUGGACAUGCUGUCAAAUUCAUCACGGACGAGAAAAGGCUGUACAAGGCAAUGCUCCUUUUGCAGAAAUGGGCUAGCCUUUGCGUGGGAGAGGAUGAAGCGGAUGUGAGGCGGCAGAAAGAAGGCGGAAUGGGAUUACUGGUGCAGAUUUUCGAGAUUUGUACGGAGCUUGUGCAUGGGGAUGGAACGAGUGGGGAGGUUGUCGAUGAGGCCCGCGGAGUACUCGACACUAUUGGACUAUCCCCAUCGGCAUCUGGAACAUCUACUGCUGCAUCGACUAAGGAGAAGGGGAAGAGCAAGAAAAGCAAGGCUUCCAAAGAAAACGGUGUUGACUCCACGCCGUCCACACCUUCAAAAGACAAAAAGGACAAGAAGCACAAAAGUGACAAACCAAACGCCGUCUCCUCCGCCGACGUCGACCCAUCCUCGAUCCAUGCUCUCUCCUUUACGUUCAAAUACCCCAAAUUACCGAGGGACAAAACGGCGCUACGAUGUCCGUAUGACGUUAUAACGUUUCAAUUGAAGCAUUUUGGACCGUACAUGGAACGUAAUGUGGAUUCGGCGCCGGAUGUCCGCACGGAUUUUAUGCCAGAUAGGUGGCAGAGGGAUGUUUUGGACUGUAUCGAUAGAGACGAGUCCCUGUUCAUCGUGGCGCCCACGUCAGCGGGAAAAACCUUCAUCGCUUUCUACGCCAUCGAAAAGGUGUUGCGAGAAAGCAACGAAGGCGUGGUGGUCUAUGUCGCCCCUACCAAAGCGCUCGUCAACCAGAUUGCGGCCGAGAUCUCGGCCCGGUUCACAAAAACGUAUCCGCACCCGGGUAUGAGUGUGUGGGCGGUGCAUACGAGGGAUUAUCGGAUACAUAAUCCUUUGAAGUGUCAAGUGUUGAUAACGGUGCCACACAUGCUUCAGAUAUUCUUGAUGCAACCGGACGUGGCAGCACACUGGACACCCCGCCUGAAGCGCAUCAUCUUUGAUGAAAUCCACACCAUCAGCAAUUUGGAAGGCGGUGUGGUCUGGGAACAGAACCUACUUCUGUCGCCGUGCUCCAUCAUUGCGCUCUCGGCUACAGUCGGGAAUCCGGAAGAUUUUGGUAACUGGUUACGCGAAGUCCAAGAUGCGAAAGGCCAUUCGCUCCGGACCAUUCGGCACUCGCACCGAUACUCUGACCUUCGCAAGUUUAUCUACCUCCCGACAUCACCCCAGUCUUUUAACGGACUCAAGGAGCCGUCCCUCGAGGGCGUCACCAACUUCCAGCAUAUUCACCCCGUCGCUGCCCUUUCCCUAGGCGCGUCGACUAUCCCUGAUGAUAUGUAUUUGGAGCCAUUCGAAUGUCUGCAAUUAUACGACUUGAUGAAGAAAGAGGAGCACGACGCCCCUGAACAAGUUCCCGUGGACUUGGACCCACAACGGUACUUUGCACGUUUACCCAAGAUCCGCAAGAUUGACGUCGUGAAUUACCAGACGGAGUUGAAAGCCGUUUUGCAGGCGUGGAUGGGAGUGCCUGGGUCACGGAAGGCCGGCCCGUUCUUCCGAGUUCUGAAACAGUUGACGCGAGAUCUCGACCAGAAACUUCUCGUGCAGGAGUUUGCUGCGGAGCGUAAUGGGGCUCCCACGGCUGGCUUCGAUUAUGCCUUGAAGAACGUGACUGCCCUGUGCGCCGAUCUGCAUCGAAGUGGCAAGCUGCCUGCGAUCCUUUUCAACUACUCGCGAAAUAACGUGGAAAUGCUCGCGCUCCGGAUUCACUGUGAUCUUGUGGCUGCUGAAACAAAAUUCAAGGAGACGGAUACGAGUUGGAAGCGCAAGGUGGAGGAUUGGAAGAAUUGGAAGGCGCUUGAGGCGGCGAGGCAUGCUGCGGCUGCAAAGACGACCAAAAGCAGCAAGAGCCGCGAUGAUGAUGAUGCUGGCGACGAUGGAGGAGAUGAUAUGGGCGAUCUUUUGGAUUGGCACGCAACAUUUGACCCGGACGCGCCUUUACCGCAAUACAGUUUCGCAGGAAAGAGCUCGGCAUCCGCCAGCGAGAUCGAGAAGGAGAUUGAUCACCUCCGAAAUUGGGUUGGGAUCCCGGAGCAGUUGUGCGACGCCCUUCUUCGGGGUAUCGGCGUCCACCACAGCGGUAUGAACGUCCGCUACCGCCAGUUUGUCGAGCGCCACGCCCGUUCUGGCAACCUUCGCGUGGUUGUCGCUACCGGUACGCUGGCUUUGGGUAUCAAUCUGCCUGCAGCAACAUCCGUCUUUACCGAAGAUAGCGUUUUCCUCACGGCCUUGGAGUACCGUCAAGCUGCGGGACGUGCCGGUCGUCGUGGGUUCGACGUACUCGGAAACGUCGUGUUCUUUGCCAUUCCGAUCGAUAAAGUUUAUCGACUGUUGGCAUCGCGGUUAUCGGAUUUGUCAGGUCAUUUCCCGCUUUCAACGACGCUGGUAUUGCGAUUGCAUCAACUGCUGGUGGAUGGCGAGGCGAAAAACUCAGGAGAGGAGAUGAUGAAAGGCAUGCUCGGUUUGGGACGGUUGUCGGUGGGGAGCCCGGCUGCACGACUAGAGGUCUUGCAUCAUUUGAGGUUUUCUAUUGACUAUUUGAGACGCGUCGGGCUUCUGGAUUCGACUGGGCACCCUGUCAACUUGGCUGGUGUCGCUGCGCACCUGUACUGGACCGAGCCGAUGAACUUCGCAUUCGUCUAUCUCAUGGAUUCUGGAAUUCUCAAAGACAUCGCAUGCGGACCCGAGCCGGAAUUGAACCUCUUGACGUGCCUCGCACAUCUCUUUGCCCGAAGGAAGCGUCCGACAAAGAUUGGCGACUUCAAGGAGGAAAUCAUAAAGAAAUCACCGUCCAAGGUCUUCUUGGAGCCAUUGCCUAGCAGUGCAGUGGACGCUUUGAAGCACCACAACGACCUUCUGUUCCAAGUCUUACGCUCAUACAUCCACACCUUCAUCAAAACGCUUCCUCACGAAGAAACCGCCACCCUUCCCGUCUCAAACCGCACAUUCGCUAAAUCCGCCUCGCAACUUGCCCCGUCCCUUUCGUCCGCCCCACUCGUACAAAGCAUCGCGUCCACACAUAGUCUAGCCUAUCGCGCGCGCUCACCCUUUGUCGCUCUGUCGGGUCUUGGGGACUCAUUCACAACCAUCGAAGAGAUGUGCACCACCCUACGCGCCGGCAUCUCUCUUCAGCACGCCGUCAUCCCAAUGGUCACGGAACUCGUCGAUACAUCCCCGACCGCGCCGAUUUUGGACGCCUAUGCGGUAGAUUUCUACCGUCAUGGACAGUUCAAGGCCCUGAUCGAUGGGAAUGGGAUCAGACGUGGUGAUGUGUGGUUUUUCGUCAAUGACUUCAUGUUGAUUAUCGGAGCGCUGAGGACGGGCUUGGAAGUCCUGCUGAAGGCGUAUGAGAAGAAGGUUACUGGUGAUGUCGGAUCGGAUGGCGCGGUUGAUGACGAGGAUGAGGAUGAGGACGACAUCGAGACGGUCGCAUCGGGUCCACCUACUGCGGCUGGCGCUGUACCGCCGGGCAAGAAAGCUUCGCGACGGCAGUGGAUACCGCCGCAAUCGUUCAAGGUCCGCGAUGACCGCUUGUGGGAUACCUACCUCGUUAUGUGCAACAUUCAGCGCGGGUUCAUCGAGAAGAUGGAGAUUAUGGAUGCGUAGGGUGUCAUACUUUGGGAGAAUGUCCAUGCGGUAUAUCAUCGCAUUGCUUUGGGAGUAGCUGGGUAGUCACAGAUACACUACUCCCUCAACCCUAGGAAGCAGCUUAGCAAGGGAUGUAGCGGGAGGAUUUGAGGUACUGGAUUCGCCACGGCGUAUCUACAAUAUAUAGGAUCGCAUAGCAUCCCGUCGUUUAAACGCCUCUACAUUUGUAACUUUUAUUCAAAAUUUGCACCUCACUUUCGUG